CGGAGGAGGAAUGCGCUUUUGUGGAUGGCUGGGGGUGGAGUUAGAAAGUGGACGAGCGCUGGAUACCAAACAGUGAGAGGAGACGGAGGAGAGAGGCAGAAGAAGGGGAGAGACAAGAGCGGAGGCUGCGCCGCGAUGCUGGUUGUCGGAUAGAAGACCUGCGAAACUGACUGGCUGGACGGAUGGAGAAAGGAAUUACACCAGACCAAAAGAGCUGAGGACUUUCUUUUGUUUUCGUCACUGUUUGGUCGCUUUAUCGCGCAAGCAGUCCUCAACUCUUUGACACCGUUACAUGCCCGGAGGAGGACCGACCUCUCGCCUGGACUGCUACCCCAGUCUCGCGAACUCCUCCGGCGGGCUCAGCUGCAGCUCUUCCCGGCAUUUGCUGGGAUGUUUGAGUCGCGUUGUUUGGUGGGGUGAAGGGACCAAGAGAGUGGCCGGAGAGACCGAGGGACGCAGGCCAAGAGAGGAGCCGGGAGGAUGGCUCUGGUCGCGCUGGCUCUGUGGGUGCUUACGACUCUCACCUGGGCGAACCUGCUCCAGGUGUCCGCCAACAGACACUCCGUCUACUGGAACAGCUCCAACAUCCAUCUCCGUCGCGAGGGCUACCUGAUGCAGGUGAACGUCAACGACUAUCUGGACAUCUACUGCCCGCACUACAAUGACAGCCAGCGAAUGAUCGGCACUGGAGAGCAGUACAUCCUCUACAUGGUCAGCUACAAUGGCUACAGGACUUGCGACCCUCAGCAGGGCUCCAAGAGGUGGGAGUGCAACCGGCCCCACGCCCCUCACGCACCCAUCAAGUUCUCCGAGAAGUUCCAGCGCUACAGCGCCUUCUCCUUGGGCUACGAGUUCAACGUCGGACAGUCGUACUACUACAUCUCCACGCCCACCCAUCACCACGGCCACAGCUGCCUGAGACUACGAGUGUACGUCUGCUGCUCCACCACGUCUGACGUGGAAGAUGAGCCAGCGCCAACAGAACCAAACUAUAUGCUUAGACCAGACCUAAAAAAUGAGGACAUUGAUGAGUACAGCAACCCUUUUAUCACCAAGCUGGAGAAGAGCGUCAGCGGCAGCAGCCCGUCGAGGGAUCGCCUCCUUCUCACUCUGACGAUGCUCCUUCUGGCCACUCUGUUCAUCUCCUAGCAACGGCCAUCCCAUUCACGUCACCAUGCCAACUAGCCUUGGGAGGGUGCACGGUUAUCAGCAGGUGGGACGAGGAGAACGCAAGACGGAGAGAAGACCCCCGAAAUCCAACAGGAGGAGUUUUCAAGCAUGAAUGUGUGCGAGUGAAAAAACAACAACCUUUGUGUGGAGGUGUGUGUGUGUGUGUGUGUGUGUGAGAGCAGGCCAGGUCGAUCUUGUCGAAACGCGCGCGCCACUCAAAGCAUUUACACAACAGAAGAGGAAGGCUGAAAUUCGGCUCAAACAAAAACAAAGGUCCGCCCACCUAAUUGAAAGACUUUCCUCUGGAUGUGAUUGGCUGCUACACUUCCUGUAGGGCUAGUUGCCAUAGUUUCUUGCAACAAGAUGAACUUUAAUGAACUGAAGCGGACUAAUAUUGCCUUUGAUUUCACGUCGAUGAUUGUGAUGGCCAGUCCGGUGGAGAAGGAGCGGCGCUGGUCCCACGUAUGAGUCACAGUAGCUAGUUUCUAGUACACACCCCGGACCAUCAUCUCCACUGCAGAAUCAUCCUGUCUUUUAAAACUGGAUCAUACACCUGUCUGGACUUUUGAUCUGUGAAGCACAACAAGGCUGUGCCGGAGCCAUAGACACACUCAGCAAUAGCAUCCUCCGCUCCACUGCCAGAUGUUUGGGAGAAGAGGAGGGAUGAAGGACACAUCAUUCUCCAUAAACACAGCAUUAAAAAAAGAAAAAAAAAAAAAAAGAAAAGCAAAGUUUAAAAAAAGAGUAUCGCAACAAGUAACACACUGAGUAAGUGCUUCGGUCAGGACAGCUCAAGUUGCUUCAGAAUAGUGUUUCCAUAGCAACCAGCACCUUACUCACCAUGGGGACCCUCCCUCCACCACCAGUAGGGCAUGGCUUACCGCAGUAGCUGAUAGCAGUGAUGAAGGUGACGAUGACAACUGCCGACCACAGCAGCUCAGCCACCGGCAUGUGAGAAGUACACCUGUAAAUGUCCAAACAGACCCAGAAUGGAAUUUUGAACUCUGCCGAGGUGAAAUGUUUUCUUGUUUUUUUUUUUACAAACUUGAAGCUCAGUGUCUCUGUGGUUAUGAUAUUUUACUUUUUUUUUUCUUUGUUUGCUGUGUUGUGACUUGGUGACUGGAAAGAGGAGAGUGCCGGAGCCGCAGGGGUCGCUCGGGCUGGACUUCCAGUAGCUCAGAUGGUGUUUAGAUCGCACGUCUCUGGCUGAACACAUGCUGAAAUUGAGUAUUUGCAAAACUAACACUUAUCGUGUUACGCAGUAGUCAAUGACGCACACCGGUUUAACUCAGUAGAAGCCAAAAGUCAUUGACUCCUGACAUAAAAAGUCAUCAAAUCUUAGCUCAUGAAUAGACGUUUUUAACUGCCUUUGUCUCUUAAAUAUCAUUUCAAACAUGUAUUGUUUUCAUACUUUUAAUAGAGUGUGAGUGCAUUAGAUUUCAUUUCUCGCCCACUGGCUAGAUUUUAAAGCUCUGUGAGAAGUGUUUCUAGAAAAGUUGAACAUAAAGCAGUGCAUUAAAAUAAGGACGAAUAGCUCACCUUUCAACACUUAAGCUGUGCUAUACCAAAAAACUAUUUCUGCUGCCCUUGUGGAGGCGAUGUGCAAAUGCAGUGGUGAAAGUUUGUAGGGAAAAGCUCAUACUUCUCAUAAACAAUGAGAUUUUAUUAUGGGCUCAAGGCUUAAGACAUAAUGACAUUGUUAUUAUUGGCAGUUGGCAACUCUCACCAAAUCAUGCCCAUAAUGUACUGCAACCAAUUCAAGUCAGACUUUUAAAAAUAAAAGAGAGAUGAGACUCAGAGUGGAGCCUCUUCUUCUUAUCAUAAAAGAGCUUAGUUGUGUUAGCUGCGCACUCACUGCUUUGUCUUUUCUGGCAGAUUUUUUUUUAGGCUUUUAGAUGCCUCAACUAGACUAGCCAACCUGGCUUGUCAACACGAGCUGAAGCAGUCUCUUCUCGGGGUCCAGCCCGGGUGACCAGGUGGCUGCAGUCGGGUCGCGAGGUCGGGGAGGGCGAGGGCGAAUUGCACUUAAAACUUAGACACGAGAGAGCGGACGUGUGCGUGUAUGUGUGUGUCUGGGAGUGUUCAACCAUUUGUGUACCUCACUUCAAGGUUGCGUGCUGGUUCUGAGUCACCGUCUGUGUUUUGUGUGAAGGCGUGUGACCGUUUGUUGUCUGGCAAAAGCAACAAAAAGCAUUUAAUAGUGUUGGAAACAACAAUUACAAUCAUGUUUACCUUCGACUGGAAUGACUUUAAACGAACUUGAAAAUAAAGUGUAAACUGAACAAACUGUACAAGAGGUUAUAACCACGAUCAUGACAAUAACAAGAAUAAUAAGCUUACAAAUCCUACUUUUAAGAAAGCGUGUGUGCCUCUUCUUUCAUGAUUCUGUGGUGGACGGAGAAGAAUCCAGGAAAGGUUUCCAGCUGCUGUGUCGGGUUCUGGUCUGCAUCAUGUUCUGAUGUGAUUUUCCACUUCAAAGCCACGACAACACGCUCUGCCUCUGCAGUAAUACCUUUACACGCUCCGAUUAGGAGA